UAACAGCGCCUAGUGAUAGUGUACACACACUGUUGUCCUCGCGGUUUGUAUGGGAUGUAGCUCGGGCCUAAUCGAAUUAUCGCUCCUCGCAUCCGCAUCUCCGGUGUGGCUGGAUCGGUCCGUGCGGCAAUUUCUGGCAUUUCGAGCUGCCAGUGGACAGCAGGUAGCAGACCACAUUGUGUACAGUGGCCCAGCGGAACAUCGCGUAGCACGUGGCGUGGAGAGAAAUGGGUCCUCGUAAGGUAAUCAUCGAUCUGGAUGCCGGUACCGACGAUGCCUGGGCACUGCUGAUGUUGCUAAGGGCGGAGAAACGCUACAACCUGCAGGUGAUCGCGAUCACCUGCGUGCACGGGAACACCGAUGUGGACAACGUGACCAGCAACGUGCUGCGCAUCCUAACCGCCAUCGAUCGGACGGACGUCCCGGUGUAUCGCGGUUCAUCGGAAGCACUGAUAACGGCACAGAAGCGGGAACCACCGGAACAAGGAUUCCACGGGUCCAACGGGUUUGGUGAUAUCGCGUUCGACCAACCGCAGAUCGACCGGUCGCUGAUCCGAGCGGAGCAUGCGGUACUCGCUCUGCAUCGCCUGCUGGUACAACACCCGGGCCAGCUGGCGGUGCUCUGCGUCGGCCCCCUGACGAACCUGGCGCUCUGCCUGAAGCUCUAUCCGGCGGUGGCCACCCUGCUCGGUGAGCUUCACAUCAUGGGUGGCAAUCGUUUGGGCGUGGGUAACGUGACGCGAUCGGCUGAGUUUAACUUUUACGCGGACGCCGAAGCGGCCCAGAUCGUGCUGGAGAAGGUACGUUGCCCGGUGACGCUGCUGCCAUGGGAAACGUGCCAGACGCAGGCGCGCGCACUGCCGAUGGAGUGGCGCCUAGAGCAGCUAGGGCAGCGGCCCGGUAUCAACCGGGCCAUCCCGAUGCUGAAUGAGAUCGAGCGCAAGGUGUACCGGGGCAGGACCAGCUGGAUGCCGUGUGAUGCGUUUCUGGUAGCUGCCUUCAUCCGGCCCGAUAUCAUCGAACGGAGCGAACGGUUUCACGUGGACAUUGAGCUGCAUGGUACGCUCACCCGGGGCCAGAUGGUGCUCGAUCACUUGCAGUCAGUGCCGGAAAAUGUGCGCAUCGUGGACAAGCUCGACGACGAGGAGUUCCGUCAGUUGUGCCUUAUGGCGACCGAAUAGCACCAUUCAAGCAGUGAGCGGGGACACGGCCAAACAUAUUCAAUUUUCGACAGACUCGACAGAAAAGAAGAUGAUUCAUUCAAAUACAAAGAAGAUACAAAUCA